GCCGCUAUAAGGGGCGGCCGAUGGCAGCGCCUCAGUCGGAGCCGCCGCCGGACCCCGCCGGCACGAUGCAGCGACCCCGAGCCCGAGCCCUGCUCUGCCUCGCCCUGGCCGCGCUGCUCGGACCGCCCGCCCAGGCGUGGUACAAGCAGGCGGCCGGACCCAGCUCCUACUCGGUGGGCAGAGCCUCGGGACUCCUGUCCGGGAUCCGCCGGGCGCCCCACGUCCGCCGCGCCGAGAGCGGGACAGACAGCGCCGAGCGCCGCGCCGAGCUGCUGCCCCCCGAGCCGCCGGGCCCCGCGCUCCGGAGCACGGCUCUGUGCGUGAAGGACCUUGCCCUGGAGCUGCCGAACUGCCAGCUGCUGUCCGGAGCCCACAGCACGAUCCUGUGCAAGGCUGAUGUCACCAUCUCCCUCGACCCCUCAGACUGUACCAGCACCUAAUCCCCCCGCUAUGGGGGAGCAGCACCUUAUCGUCUGCAGCUGACAAUAAAGGCACCUUUAAACCA